AGGGCAAAGAGGCUCCAGGCGGGAGUUUUGUGACAAAGGCGAGACCCCCGAGUCUCUUAGAGUCGUGAAGGAGGCAGCCAGCUGGGCUCCUGUGCGUUCCACCCAGAUGGAUUAUAAAUCCAGCCUGAUCCAGGAUGGGAACCCCAUGGAGAACCUGGAAAAGCAGCUGAUCUGUCCCAUCUGCCUGGAGAUGUUCACCAAGCCUGUGGUCAUCCUGCCCUGCCAGCACAAUCUCUGCCGGAAGUGUGCCAAUGAUAUCUUCCAGGCUGCGAAUCCCUACUGGACCAACCGGGGUGGCUCGGUGUCCAUGUCUGGAGGCCGCUUCCGCUGUCCCUCCUGCCGCCACGAGGUGAUCAUGGACCGUCACGGGGUGUACGGGCUGCAACGGAAUUUGCUGGUGGAGAACAUCAUCGACAUCUACAAGCAGGAGUGCUCCGGCCGGCCCCUGCAGAAGGGCAGCCACCCUAUGUGCAAGGAGCACGAAGACGAAAAGAUCAACAUCUACUGUCUCACGUGCGAGGUGCCCACGUGCUCCAUGUGCAAGGUGUUCGGGGCACACCAGGCCUGUGAAGUGGCCCCGCUGCAGAGCGUCUUUCAGGGACAGAAGACAGAGCUGAGUAACUGUAUCUCCAUGCUGGUGGCGGGGAACGACCGUGUGCAGACCAUCAUCACCCAGCUGGAAGACUCCUGUCGAGUGACCAAGGAGAACAGCCACCAGGUGAAGGAAGAGUUGAGUCGGAAGUUUGAUGCCCUGUAUGCCAUCCUGGAUGAGAAGAAAAGUGAGUUGCUACAGCAGAUCACACAGGAGCAGGAGGAGAAGCUCAGCUUCAUUGAGGCCCUCAUCCAGCAGUACCGGGAGCAGCUGGAGAAGUCCACCAAGCUGGUGGAGACUGCCAUCCAGUCCCUAGAUGAGCCAGGAGGAGCCAUCUUUCUCUUGAGUGCCAAGCAGCUCAUCAAAAGCAUUGUGGAGGCUUCCAAGGGUUGCCAACUGGGCAAGACAGAGCAGGGUUUUGAGAACAUGGAUUACUUUACCGUGGACUUAGAGCACAUAGCAGACACCCUGAGGGCCAUCGACUUUGGAACAGAUGAGGAAGAGGAAGAGUUCAUUGAAGAAGAGGAUCAGGAAGAGGAAGAGCCCAUGGAGGGGAAGGACGAAGGCCACCAGUAAGAAGCUGAAUGAGGGAGAGACCCUCUAGAUGCAGAGACCGGGGAGGGUGGGGACGGACCCAGGGUGGGAGGGUUGGGGCCCCUGGUGGGGUACCGGGAAGUUGUGUUUCCUCUUUGCUCCGAGAGCAGGGACUAGAUGUAGGACUCCCACUACUGUGUCAGUCUGGCAGCCGCCAAACCAGAAUUGAAAAUGUGCUGGAAACAACCACACACAGAACACUUUUCUACAUUGGUGCAAAAUGAAGUAUUUUGUACAUUUUUUAAAUGUGAUUUUUGUAUAUACCUGUAUAUGAAUGCCAAUUUGGUGCUUUUUGUAAAGGAACUUUUGUAUGAUAAAGCCUGGUUGUUGUAUGAGGGCAAUAGAAGAGAAAAAAGGCAGGAGGACAGAGUACUGUUUCCUCUCGGUGCAGGACUGUGGACGGGCCUGGCAAGGGCUUCUGUACUGUACCUCAGUGUUUGGCCCAGACAAAUGGGUAACUCAGUUUGUGUUACAUGUUGUUUUAAUAAAUGCACAGCACUCUACCAAUUACUACCAAAGGAGCUGGAGUUUCCUUCAGUCUUCAUUUUUUUUUUUUUGGCUUUUUGGGGUCACACCCAGCAAUGCUCAGGGGUUACUCCUGGCUCUGCACUCAGGAAUUACUCCUGGCGGUGCUCGGGGGACCAUAUGGGUUGCUGGGAAUCGAACCUGGGUCAGCCGCGUGCAAGGCAAACACCCUACUUGCUGUGCUAUUGCUCCAGUCCCGUUCAGUCUUUUUUUUUCUCUCUUGAGAGGAGAAUUCAGAGCAAUAGGAAAUUUGCAGCUGGAAGGAUGUGCUCUUACGAAGGUGAGACUGCAUCCCACCAAAGAGCCCUUUAACCUAGCACUUCCCGGGGACAUCUCCAUGGAAAGCUGGCGUGAGAGGAUCCCAGGAAACAGGCUCAAUGCCCUGUUCUCUGAUUCUCCAGAAAACAGAGCCCUAGGCAAAGUAUACAUGAUUUAGUGCCAGGGCAGCGAGUCUAAAGGAAAAUGAAAGUAAGAAAGGGAAAGAGGGAAGAAAAUACAGGGUCAUCUUCCUAAGCUGGCCACAGCUUUAGCAAGAGACCUGGACCCGGUUGCAUGCUCAGUGGGUGGUGGGAAUUAUUUCCGGAAGCUUACCAGAGAGCAGCAGGACUCCAAGCAGGUUGUGGAAGGAAGGGCAGAGAGUGGGGGUCUGUGGAUUCCCUUCAUCUCCUGUGUCUAACUUAAGUGGCCUCCUAGAAUAUGUUCAUUCCCCUUCAGAUCACAUCCAGGUUAGCCCUCGGGAAGCGAGGUGCUGCCCAUCAGGAGUUGGGCUUCAAUGAAUUUGCAGCUGGUGGAGUUACAGAACCUCAGUCCAGCUGGGUUGGACAUGGGUGCUGAAGUUUCAGCUGCCCCCACAUCAGUGGGCACUGGGGAAAGCUCUGCUGGAUUCCAUACUUAGACACAAGGAAAGGUAAAUUUGUCACGAGAUAGAGAUAAAGCUAUGACCAAGGCCGAAUAGUGUCCAGGCUCUCUAUGAACAAGGGCCAAGAUGUGGAAAGAGUGAAGAAGCGGAAGGAAUUAGAGGCAGGGCAUUAAGUGGGCCUGACGUCCUGCAGACCUGCACAUUUGCCUCCUCCAUAUUUAGAAGAUUGUAGCAAGAUAAGCGCUUCAGAAAGCUCUUCGGCUUUAGCUAAUGACUAGGCCAUCAAGUUCCUGGUGUUUGGGAUACAGCUUGAUCUUCAAGUCUCUAGUGUUCUUGGAUUGAGCAUUUAACCCAGCACCUCUCCGUUUACUCACUCACAGACAUUCUCCAGAACCAGUGUUCUGCGGACCUCGCAAAAAUGAAAAUGCUUUAAACCCUCAUAUCUUUGCUUAUUUUCUCUUCUGGGAGUUUUUCCAAGGUUAACUCUGUCCCUAACUUUGAAUUUCAGGGAAUCAGAUUUUACACUAAUUUCUAAUCUGCACUCAAGAACUGAAGGUGUUUUAUUUGGGGGGGGGGGAGGGUUGAGGGUUGGGGGGGGGUUAGGGUGGAAUGGGUGAAUGAGAAGCACACCCAGCUGUCCUUAGAGCUUACUCCUGGAUCUGUGUUCAGGGAUCACUCUUAGUGUGAAGGGAAGUUUGCUUCCAGUGCAAAGGGAAGCCUGAUUUCCUCUGAAGGAGGUCUGGUUCCUGUUCUUUCUGCUCUUUACCACGGUCAGGGGAAGCCUGAAUCCCGGUCCUGCUUUUACCAAAUAUAUGUACUGUGUUACCCUAAUGUAUUUGUGUAAUACAUUGUUCACUUUGUCAUGUGUAACCCUUACCUGUACUCUCUGCUCUCCAGCUGCAAAUGCAGAUCCCUACAUAAUAAGUGUAUAAAUCUUGGCUGGCGCUCAGUCUUUGGAGGCAACUCAGCUGGGCCUACACCUGUGCUGAAUAAACUGUGUUUUUCGUUUUUUUUUUCCUCGUU